AUGAAUAUCUCGACAUCGACAUUCUCCACCAAGAGAAGAGGGCUGAAAAAAGUCGAGGAAGAAGAAAAUGCCGCAACGCUUCAACUGGGAGAAGAGUUCCAACUAACUCAAGUAAACCAUCAAGGACAAGAAGAAGAGCUCAUUGCGUUGAACCUGAGUGAAGCAAGACUGGUAAUCAAGGAAUCUUUGGAAUUACGCAAAAGACUGUUCAAACAGUGGAACAAGAGAGAUGAUGCAAUGGAAACGGACGACGAUGUCGACGAAGACGCACACACGCAGAGCCACGAAAAAGAGCUUCAAAAUAUCGACAAGCUUCUGGAAACGACCACGGGCGGCAAUAACCAGGCUCUGAAACAAACCAUGGUGUAUUUGACCAAUUUUUCCCGUUUCAAAGACCAGGAAACAGUCACAGCAGUCACCCAACUUUUGCAGAGCACAAACCUGCAUCCAUUCGAAAUAUCCCAACUCGGAUCUCUCUCGUGUGAAGAUGCAGACGAAGCCAAAACUUUGAUUCCCAGUCUGGGUAAUAAAAUAUCAGAUGACGACCUCGAAAGGAUAUUGAAAGAGCUGUCAAAUCUCGAAACCUUGUAUUAA